GGAAAAUAAUUAGAGAGGCGGAGGGGUUUAGUUAGGGCUUUUGAAAGUUCGAUUUCUGCAUCUGCCUCUCUCCUCUCUCUCCUCUAUCUCUCUCCUUCGCCGGGAAACCAUGAUUCGCGGCGGAAGAAGCUACGUCACCUCUCCUCCCGUUUUCUCUAACGACGCCAAGAAGCUCCUAGUCUGCACAUCGAACGUCGUCUCCGUCUUCAGCGUCGCCACUGGCUUACAGAUUGCGUCGCUCGAGGGUCAUACAUCGCUGGUAACGACGGUGAUUGUUGUUCCGGCGACGAGUCCAGCCGGCAAAAUUCUCUGUUAUUGUUGGACGGCGUCGCUUGAUGGGACUAUUAGGUACUGGGAUUUCUCGGCGCCGGAGAUGUUGAAGACCAUCGAUGUCCGGCUUCCCGUUUACUCUAUGGUGAUUCCACUUCUAUUGAGUGAACCAAAUCAGAGUCAGACUGGCCACGAAACUCGUGAUUUAAUUGCUUAUGUUUCGGUUGAGGAUACAAGUUCUGUCAAAGGAGGAACCAAAGUUUUGCGUGGACAUAUCCGAAAAUGUAAUCUAACUAAAGCCCGUCUUGCUCGUGGAGAUACUUUGAGAGAGACAGAAGAUCCAAAAUCUAUUGUUACUAGUCCCUCGGGACAAUUUUUUGGUAUUCGUCACAAGUGCAAAAUCCAUUUAUGGAAUGUCCCUUCUGGGGAAUUCAAGGGAGCUGUAGAAAAGAAGAUGACACUACAUCACACGAAGGUUAUUAAUGUGUUCACCUUCCACCCAACAGAGAGAAUUAUAGCUGCCGGUGAUGUGACGGGAAGAAUUUUAAUAUGGAGAGGAUUUGGAAAUAAAAAACUUGCUUCGGGUGAUAAAACGGCAAAGAGUAGAUCGGCGGACGAUAUGGAGGAUGGCCCUGGAGUGAGGGGUGGAGAUGAUACUGAUUCCUGUACCACAUGGCACUGGCACUCUGCUGGAGUUAAUGUCCUUAAUUUCUCUUCUGAUGGAGCAUACCUGUACUCAGGUGGAAAGGAAGGGGUUCUAGUCGUUUGGCAGUUGGACACAGGGAAGAAGAAAUUUUUACCUAGGAUUGGAUCUCCCUUAUUGUACUUUACAUUCUCUUCAGACCCAACUCUUUCUUCUGUUACUUGUGCAGAUAAUCAACUGCAUCUUCUUACAAUGCCAUCCAUGGAGAUAUUAAAUUCCAUCUCAGGAAUCAAGCCUCCUCCAUCCUUGCCUAAAAUGUACGAAGGCCUGGCUAGGACUGUUGACUUUGACCGUUCUUCUGGUUUAGUUGCUAUAUGCACGGAGAAUUAUUGUGUUCAACUUUACAGCCUCUUCAAUGACCGUGGGAUCUCAGAGGUUCAAGUUUGCGAGAGAAACCACCAACCGGGUGAUGAAGUCACGGUUGUGGUGACAGCAGUUGCUCUCUCUCCGGAUGGCUCUCUGAUGAGUACAGCUGAGGUGAAACUUCCAGAAGAUGGCAUAGGAGGCUUAGUAUGCCUCAAGUUUUGGGUGUCUGAACCACCCAACAAAUCUUUCAACUUGUCCACAAUCGUAUAUGAACCUCACAGGGAUUCUGGUGUCUCAGCAAUUGCCUUCCACCCUAACCGUCGCAUGGCUGUGAGCACAUCAUCCUGUGGGGACUUCAAGAUAUGGGUGUGCAACAGUGAUAAGAAUCAGACGCUUAGCUGGACAUGUCAUGCUGUUGGCUCUUACAAGAGAAGGCCAAUGAUGGCUGCUGCAUUUUCCGGAGAUGGUUCUGUUUUGGCUGUUGCUGCUGAAAAUGUUAUUACCCUUUGGAACCCAGACAAAAAUAUUCUCUUGGCUGUAUUAGGAGAGACUCUUGCGCCAAUUGUGAGACUUUCAUUCGUUGGGAAGUCAGAGUUUCUUGUGGCUGCAUCGCACGGUUCAACACCCCAGUUAUCUGUCUGGAAUAUGUCAAAGCUAUCUUUAUCAUGGUCCUAUAGGAUACACAUGGAAGCGCUAGCCACUGCUGUGGAUUCAUCAUCUUUUGCAGUUUUGGCCUUGCUUCCGGAAUCUCUUGUGUCAGUCAAGUCUAAUGAAGAUGCCUUUAACGGGAGAGAUGGUGCAGUUCUCUUCUUUAACGGGUCGGAUCCUACACCUGCAGCUAUGUGGUCUGUAACACAGGCAAGGGGAGGAUCGCUUUCGUUUAUCGAAGGAAAUCAAACUUAUACGAUGAACGAUCAAACAUCACCAUCAGACGAGAAACCAUCUCGGUUACUUCUUGCCUACGUAAACGGAGACCAUGAAUACGUUCUUUUCGACCCACACAGCGAUGAAUCACACGAGCGCAGCGUCAUUGAUUACGAGAGUGUCGCUGCUCACGAAGAGACAGGGGAAUAUGGAUAUGCGACCUUGUACGGACAGUUGCCGGAUUACGACAAGAGGAGACAAGAGGAGAAGGAGAAGACAUGGUCGAUAACGGUGUCGGCGGAGAGACCAUGGGAGAAGAUAUUCAGUGGGUCGACUCUCAAUUUCCCACCUCUCCCUAAAUUAUGCGCCUCCUUUUUGGAGGCCCUCUUGCAUAUGAAUGAAAACGCCUGAACUUGUUGAAUGGUUUUUUCUUUCAAAGCAUUAACACAUUACCCGUGAUUUUGUCUCCAAAGCUUCGGUUCCUGUAAUAGUUUUCAUGUUUUGGGAUUUAAUAUAAUUAGUUUUUGUUUUGUUU